AUGGCAAUUGAGAGGUCCACAAAAGCUCAAAAUUAUCUCAAAAGUUUGACAAGCAAAUAUCCUUCUUCUAAAGCCCUCAAAGAGUGUUCAACCAAUUGUUACGAUUCAUGUGUCGGAGAUUUUAAGAGUGCGUUGAAAGAAUUGGUUGAAGAUCCGUUAAGUGCAAGCUAUGAUGCCUUUGUUGCCGGUGAUGAACCCAGUAGAUGUGACAAGCUCUUGGCCGACGAAAAAAAAGUUAAUGAUCCAUCUAUUUCUGCAUCGAAUGAUGAGAUGAAGUUUCUUAGUCGUAUUGGAAAUUUAGCCAUAACUUAUAUUCAAAAGGGAGAUAUGUGA